AUGACUUCUCGUUGCCGAACUGUGACUUUAGGCAAUUGUUGGAACACCGAGGAUUUGCUGAUGGCUGAUGCUAGCAUAAUGGAUGAUUCUGCUGCAAGCACCAGUGGGUUGGGGGACAAGGAUCACAGUGUCUCUGCUGAUUCCCUUUCUCAGUGGCGCUCCUGCGAGCAUGUUGAUAAUGGGAUCCCUUCAACAUCCCCUCCCUUUUGGGACACCGAUAGUGAAGACGAUGAUCCUGGGCCUAGACCUUUAGAUUUAUUUGGGAGAUAUACUUGGAAAAUUGAAAACUUUUCAAAGGAGAAGAAGAGAGAAAUGAAAAGUGAACCAUUUGAAGCUGGUGGCUACAAGUGGUAUAUUCUAGUUUACCCUCAAGGAUGCGAUGUCUCCAAUCACUUGUCAUUGUUUCUUUGCGUUGCUAAUCAUGAAAAACUUCUCCCAGGAUGGAGCCAUUUUGCACAGUUUACUAUAGCUGUAGGCAACCUUGAUCCAAAGAAAGUUAAAUAUUCAGACACCUUGCACAAAUUCUGGAAGAAGGAACAUGAUUGGGGGUGGAAAAAGUUUAUGGAGCUAUCAAAGAUUCAAGAUGGUUUUCUUGUUGACGAUGUUCUUGAAAUCAUAGCUCAAGUUCAAGUUAUCAGAGAGAAAGCAGACAGACCAUUUCGUUGCCUUGAUCGCCCUUAUCGUCGAGAACUGCUCCGUGUCUACAUGACAAACAUAGAGCAAAUUUACCGACGUUUUGUUCACGAACGCAGAAGGAAACUUGUCAGGCUUAUUGAUGAUGACAUGAGGUGGUCCAGUUUCCGUGCUUUCUGGCUUGCGAUUGACCCAACAACAAAACAUCGCAUGUCCAGAGAGAAGAGCGACAUCAUAUUGAAAAUAGUGGUGAAGCAUUUUUUUGUCGAGAAAGACGUGACCUCAACAUUAGUUAUGGAUGCUCUGUAUACAGGUUUGAAGGCACUUGAGGGCUGUAGCAAUGGCAAGAAAGGAAUGGUAACUUCAAUGGACUUGGAGGAGCUAUCAGCACCUAUGGUCCAUGUUGAUAUGGACAUGUUUGUUUUGGCUGGUGACUUCAUAGCUUUGCUUGAGAGGGCAGCUUUAGAGCCCUUGUCUUGUCAAUCUCUGUCACCAAAAGAUGACAAAUGUUCCCAAACCCGUGCCAAGGAUGGUGGUACUGGAGAAAUUAACAAAGUUUCUAUUGAGCGUGAAGAAAGGUGCCUAACUGAGAUUGGUCAGAAGAUACUUGAAAUAUUUGUUCUAUCUCAUAUAUUUAGUGGGAUUGAGGUUGCCUAUCAAGAAGCUGUUGCUUUGAAGAGGCAAGAGGAGCUUAUUCGUGAAGAGGAGCUCCUUGAAAAUGAGAUGAAGGGGAAGCGUGGCAGUGCCACUGAAAAGGAUAAGCGUUCAAAGAAAAAACAGGCCAAACAAAAGAAGAAUAAUCGUAAGGUUAAGGACAAGGAAAGAGAAGAGAAAUCUGAUUCAAAUUUUCUAGAAAGGCGUCAGGAUGGAAGCACAAAUCAUGACAGGGAGGACUCUAAGCAGGUAGGGCAAUCUGCUGUGAAAGCUGAUAACUUUGGAGAAGGUGCUUCAGAUUUAUCAGACAAACUAAGUGGAUCAACAGAGACAUCUAAAGAUGACGAUUCUACUGUGGACAUCGAGACACUCGUAACAUCUGUGUCUGCUGCUGUGAACAGCAUACGAGGCAAAAUAAAUAAUUUGCUAGACAGUACAAGUCUUAUAACGCCUAAUAGAGGAAGAAGUCGGCGCAACAGGGGCAUCAGCAGUAUAAUCAUUUCCCAGUAUGAAGAUGACCUUCCCUCAUCUAGCUGCUCAGACCGCAACAUGUCUGCCUGUGGUCCAGCUCCAAGGCGUGACCAGGAGACUGCUCUACUCACCUUAAAAGAUCGGCUUCGUGAGCUUGGGCAACGACUACAUGAGAAAGAAAUUGAGGGCAGGGAACUGCUCAAGGCUCACUUGGAAAAGAAGGCAGCUGCUGAGGCCACAGUGGGUUCAUCCCUAGCAUCCUCAUCUAACUCAGAAAAGACCCCCCAGGUUCUGAAGGGGCCAGAGCAAUCCUCGGUAAUUGUUAAUGAUGCAAAUAUUAAUGCACCACUUCCAAAGGCUGUACCUGUAGCCAUAAGUGACGACAGCAAUGGAGCUGUUCUAGCAACGACAACAUCCACCAUGAACACCAAAUCUGUGCUUGUCAAUCCCACUCCAAGUAAACUUGAGCAAGUUUUGUGUGAAGAACAUGUAUCAAGUUCAAGCCAGCAAAUCAAUAAAGCUCCUCUAACGCCCUCAAGAUCACCACUAGUUGAUAAUAAGGCUAACCCAACUCCCCCAAAAUCACCUGUGCCACAGGCUGAUACAGUUGUUAAAGCUACUCCAGCUCCACCCAAAUCACCAUUGCCUCAGAUUGAUACAGUCGCUAAAGCUGCAGCUCCCACAAAAUCUUCUACAUCACAGCUUGAUAAAGUUGCUAACAUACAAGCUGCCCCCAAAUCACCUGCACCCCAGGCUGAUGAAGUUGCCUCACAUAACUCAGUAUCGCGACAGAUUCUGUCCACAUCUAUCUCCAAGACUCGAGAAGAUACGGUUUCUGAGAGGGCUUCAGUUGUUUCUGUACCUGGAACUCCUACGCCAAUGUCAAGGCCUACAAAUGCACCUCUGCUACAGGUACCAAGAUCAACUAUGCCACCUACACCAUCAGCUCAAGUUUCUCCGUUGCUUUCACGUUCACUGACUGUGUCUGAACGGCCAAACAAUGAGCCUUCACCUCCGGCCCCAAUUUAUGUAACACAGACAUAUCGAAAUGCAAUCCUUGGUAAGGGCCAUCUUGAUACAACUCCAGCAAGUCUUGAGCAAUCAACUUCUGUUUGCCCAAAUACUGCAGUUUCACAGCCAUGGUCAGCAUAUGCGAUGGCAACAUCGGUCAUGGCUCCUCCUUUCGAAAGGAAUGACCAAUUACCAGGUAAGCAAGGCUUCAUGUUUGGGCCUAGCAGGGCAGAAGCCCUUGAUAACCGGCACUCAUGGAAAGGUAACAGUGAUGUUAACAGACAUAUGUGGAAGGAUGAUGUUCCUAACCAGCAAAUGACCAAUUGUGAUGUGCAUGUGCACCAGUCGAAAGAUAUUUCUUAUCAGCAAUUAAGCAGCAGUGGGACAGAACAGCGCAGAUUGGGUGAACUACAGAGUAGGGAGCUCCAGAGGGAGAUACCUGGUGCAAGCUUUGUUUCACGCCAGCAGUAUGGGUCAGUGGCUGAAGAAUUCCCUCACAUUGAUAUUAUAAAUGACUUGCUUGAUGAAGACCAAAGCAGCGCGCAUAUGACAGUCUCUCCCCUCCAUGAGUAUCAUACAUUUGGUUUGCCAUUUUCUUCAGGAGGCAAUAUGGCAGACUCAGAAAUAGCUUCCGUAAGUAGUUCUGUCAGGUUUGACUUGACUGACCCUUACUAUGAUGAGGGUUACAGGAGGGCCUAUGAUGACACACACAAUGCUCCGCAUAGGUUGGAUGCUUACCCCAACGGAAGGUUGGACUCAACUGCACCGCAGCGUUGGCCAUAUAGCCAUCCAAAUCCAGCUGUGAACCUUGCAAAUAAUCCUAAUGUAGUUCCACAGCAGAUGGGAGAGUAUACUAAUUUAGCUAGUGGGAGGGUGAAUGGGGAAUAUUCAGAUUAUAUGUAUCGCCUUGCCAAUGGGCAAUGGUGA